GCGAUUAAGGAAGAGAGCGUGAGCGAGAGCGAGUGCGAGGCGGAGCCUACUGGGACUGGGGUAAAUUUGACUCCGGAGAGAUAUCCUUUUCAGACUGUUGGGAGUUGGCGCGUUUGGGAAUUAGUACAAGCGCAGGGGUUCGGCGGGUUCCGAGGGACAGAACGAGAUGGCAAGAGGCAGCGGCCACCGGAGGGAUUGUAAAUCCGACGACGACUGCUCCGUUGCGUCGCGGUGGCUCUCUCCGGCCAUGUAUCCGGUGUGUAUACGCACCAACACAGCUGUAAGCCCCAGCUGGGACAUACGGCAGCAGCAGGAGUACGACGACAGCGUGUGCCGUCUCCUUCUGGCGAACGGGUUUGGGUAGCGGGAAAACUCAAAAGUUAACCCAGAAGGAACAGAGCAGAGCGGAGCGAACGAAUGUUUCCAGUGGCAGAGAACCAGUAGCAGCAGCAGCAGCCGCUAGUGUAAAACUCCGAUCGUAACUUUGGCCGCGUGCUGAUUUCAGUUGGGGUUUAGCAGCCACACGGGACGAACGUUUACACUCUCUGGAGAUCUGACCCGCGCGGGAACCGGAACAGGCCGUGUUUUUCGGGAGUGUGAGGUGAAGCAGUAGCAAAUCGGACACUGGAGACCAACAGCGGUAGCACCUGUGGUAGACGUCGAUAGUGGAACAUGUGCGUGGAGAAGAACCAGUAGAGGUGACACACACGUCUUCGACCGGGACCUGUACGUGCGGUGAUUUAUGUGGUUUUGCGGAAGUUUGGGUUUCGAUCCCUGGUGAAUAACGAAUUGUGUUGUGGUGUUGUCGAUUAGUGCGUGAGAAGAAACAACCGGAAGUGUGACAUUCGUAAGCUUCUGAAGCGAAGUGUCUUGUGUGGUGAAUCAGUGGUUUAAAAAGAAGCGACCAAGCUCAACCCAUUCAGGUCCUCCGGAGGAACCUGAGUGGUCCACGGCACCUUCUAUCAACAAGCGGUCACAAUAGUCGUCACGGUGUACGACAACGGACUAAAGCUGCGUUCGGACGAGACCGUGCCGGGCUUCAGCUCGGCAUCGCCCUGGCCAACGCUCGAGCUCGAAUGGGGCCGGAAGCUGUACCCGUCGUCGGUGCCGCGCGGCGCCGGUGGCAUGAUGUUCGGCCUUCCGCCAUCCGGGGCCGACAUGAACCAGCCGCGCGGCCCGAUGACCUCGCUCAAGGAGGAACCGCUCGGAGCCCGCGCCUGGAUGCAGCCUGCCGUCGAUACCACCAACUUGGGCAUCGGGCGGGCCCACUUUGAGAAGCAGCCUCCGAGCAACCUGAGAAAGUCCAACUUUUUCCACUUUGUGGUGGCGCUGUACGACCGGGCCGGCCAGCCCAUUGAGAUCGAGCGGACGGCCUUCAUCGGGUUCAUCGAGAAGGACCAGGUAGAAUCGGAUGGACAAAAGACUAACAACGGAAUCCAGUACCGGUUACAGCUGUUAUACGCGAAUGGUGCCCGCCAGGAGCAGGACAUCUUUGUGCGGCUCAUCGAUUCCGUUACGAAACAGGCAAUAGUGUACGAAGGUCAGGACAAGAACCCGGAAAUGUGCAGGGUGCUACUGACCCACGAAGUGAUGUGCAGCCGAUGCUGCGACAAGAAGAGCUGUGGCAAUCGCAACGAAACACCGUCAGAUCCUGUGAUUAUAGACCGAUUUUUCCUUAAAUUUUUCCUCAAGUGUAACCAGAACUGCUUAAAGAAUGCCGGCAAUCCGCGCGACAUGCGACGAUUUCAAGUAGUGAUAGCGACCCAGGUCUCGGUGGACGGCCCGCUGCUCGCCAUCUCGGACAACAUGUUCGUGCACAACAACAGCAAGCACGGCCGCCGGGCGAAACGGCUCGAUCCCGAAGGUACGGGAAGUUCUCCGUUGGCAAUCUCGGGCCAUCCGCUGGCCCCGGACAGUACGUACGACGGCAUCUAUCCCCCGCUACCCAUGGCAACGCCCUGCAUCAAGGCGAUCUCGCCGAGCGAAGGCUGGACCACGGGCGGCGCGCAGGUCAUCAUCGUCGGCGACAACUUCUUCGACGGGCUACAGGUGGUCUUCGGGACGAUGCUGGUGUGGAGUGAGUUGAUAACAUCGCACGCGAUACGGGUCCAAACGCCGCCGCGGCACAUACCCGGUGUGGUCGAGGUUACGCUGUCCUACAAGAGCAAACAGUUCUGCAAGGGAUCGCCGGGCCGGUUUGUCUAUGUCUCUCUAAGUGAACCCACCAUCGACUACGGUUUCCAGCGACUUCAAAAGCUAAUCCCGCGACAUCCGGGCGAUCCGGACAAGCUCCCAAAGGAGAUCAUCCUGAAGCGAGCCGCCGACCUGGCCGAGGCGCUCUACUCGAUGCCCCGAUCGCCGAACGGUUCCUCCGGCUUCAACUCGUACAGUGGCCAGCUGGCGGUCAGCGUCCAGGACGGCACGGGCCAGUGGGCGGAAGCCGACGAGUACACCCGGGCCCAGAGCAGCAGCGUGAGUCCCCGGGGAGGGUACUGCAGCAGUGCGUCGACGCCGCACUCGUCCGGCGGGGGGUCGUACGGCAGCAGCAACGGGUACGCGACCGCGUCCAACAUGAGCGGGCUCACGUCCUCGCCGGCCAGUGUCUUCAACUCUUCGUCGAUCACUUCGUCGGCCAACCUGUGGCACUCGCAGCUGGUUCCGUCGCACGCCGGGUACACGGCCGCGGCCGCUGCCGCCGCCACCGGUUCCCACCAGUUCUGGCACGCCUCGUCCACGGCGUCCUCUGUAGCGACUGCGGUUUAAGCUUAAAUUGUUGAGGAAGCCCAAUCUUUACUGAAUCAACGGACUGAUGAGUGGAGGCAGUGGUUUCAGUCCGUACUCUAUGACCACCUGCGGGUCCCAGGGCUACACCCCAAGUCCGCUGGCGGCGGCCACCACGACGUCCAAGUAAAGCAAGAGAGGAAAAGUGCACCCCGACCCCAAAUUGUUUGUUGUUUGUUAGAAUCUUUCCCCAUCCUCGAGAAAAAAAAAGUCCGUUCCUUGUUCCUGUACAUUAACAUCGCAAAAAAGCAAACUUUUUUCCUUCCCCUGAUAAGCUCAUCUAUUUAUUUAAAAAUUUAUUUUGUGUUCUAAGUGCAAUAAAAAAAAAUCACAACCCUUUGCAGUUAAAAAAAUGACUGUAAAUUGUACACUUUGUAAAAAGCAAAUAAAAAAGUUAUCAAAAAAAUUAAUUGUAAGAUGCUUGGUAGUUAAAAAUUUUGGGAAUUUUUCCAACCAAAAAAUCAACGAAAUAACGUAAAAAAACAUAGUAAAAUACAUAUCCUGCUAAACACAGAAAGAAAACAACCAACUUAAAAAACGAACAUUUCAUCAGUCAUAUCUACAUGUGUCAGUAAUCAAAUUUAUUACAAGAAUAGUUAUUGCAAAAAAUCAGCAUCAAUAAACAAAAGAGAAGGAGAGCGAGAGAAAACAUUCAUUCUAAAAAACACGCAGCAAAAUUUGUAUACGAACUCUUCUUUACACAUCCAACUACGCUCAUUUAACUCUUUUACUCAGUUAGAAUUGCCAAAAUAGAAAAUCGAAUCUCAACCUAAAAUUCACAUUUCAUUUGAUCCCCCUCCCCUCUAGAACCAGUGAACGAAAUGAUCUCUUUUUGUAUAAAGAAACGAAAACAAAUCUGCAAUGGUACUUAGUUUUACGCUGUAAGAAACAAAUAUAUAUUUUGAUUAGUGCAAAUUUAUCCGCUCUAGCGUUUUAUUAUUGUGUAGAAAAGCCAGUUUAGUUUUGUGUCCCCUACUCACACCCGCCACCACCCCACUCUCAGUCUGCUCGAACAAAAAAGAGAAUUAAAAGUAACAUCGCAAAGCAAACGAAAAUGAAUUAAAUUAAAAACAAAUCAAUUACUGUUAAAUAGUUUCAAUUUUUGCAACAAAAAGGAAAAAGUAACCAGUAAGAGACGAAAUUUGAAGAGGUUUAACAAAAUGCAUCACAGUAAAAGCAGCAAAAAAACAAUGCUCUUAUUUAUAUACACAAACACACACACACGCGCAGAAAAGAAAAGUCACACUUGCUAAAGAAAACAACAUAGGAAAUUUAAUCAAUUACGAAAUCAAAAUCGACGCAAAUAUCACGAACAGAAACAAACACGUACAUAACAAAAACACUUUUUGUCCGACGUGGAACAGCGGAAGUUGAGGAUAUCAAAAAAAGAUAGAGAGACAAACGAAGGUGAAAUGAUGAUGAAAUUAAACAUAUUGGUGUGAAAAUUAAGA